AUGUGUGCUUAUCAUAGUAGUUGUGGGCAUAACUCAGCUGGUGCUGCUCCUGGUACUAAUCAGUCACCAGAGGGGGCGGUGGAGACAUCACAUGCUCAACAUCAGCAGGUACAGCAGCAGCGUUGUCUGCAUUCAACUGAUAAUGUCCAAAUUCUGGCAAAUUCUGGCAGAGCUGGAACAGAAGUAUCAAAUAUGGGGAAAAGGGUGACGGAGGAGACAGAAGAAGGCAAUGCAAGGGCCCAAAAUGGGCAUGGACAUGAAGAAGAUGAUGAGCAUGAUGUCAGGAGGCCGCUUAAGAUGCCAAGAAAGGAAGAGACCUCUGCUUCCAUUCAACAAUUGAAUGGUGAAGUUAUGAGUGUGAUGCAAGAUCCAGGGAAGACACCAUGGGAGAAGUCACAAUGGCUCAAGUUGAGGCUUCUGCAUUUGGAGGAGCAGCAAGUGAACCAUCAAUUUCACGCCUUUGAGAUUGAGAAGCAAAGACUGAAGUGGUUGAAAUUUAGCAGCAAGAAAGAGAGGGAAAUGGAGAGAGCAAAGCUGGAGAACGAACGAAGGCGGCUUGAGAAUGAGAGAAUGAUGCUUCUUGUACGCGAGAAGGAGAUCGAGUUACUUGAAAUUCAGCAUCACCAUCCUCAACAACAUUCCCCAACAAGAGAAGUGACCCAUCUUCAGUCACUGGAUAGACUAUCAUAUUAA